GCCUGAUGGCCAGGAGAAGACAGGCCAGGCUUCUCUGCCAGAAUGAGUUGUUGAGGGUGGGGUGGAGGUGGUCAUGGAGAUGGGCUCUUCAUUUUUAAAACAAAAACAAGAAAACAAGGCAAAGAGGACCCCCAACAGCAGUUACCCUUACUCCCCACCAGUGCCUCUAUGCCUUAAGGACUUCUUCGGAGGCCGGCGGCGGCUUGCGAUCAUCAGGAUUGGGAGUGGGAGCGAGUGCCCGGGGCCAACCUCAGCGUCUCUCAGGGACAGCACAGGUGGGCGCAGCUUUGGAAGGUCAGCGAGGCCAGAGCUCAGAGUUCCACGGGGGGCCCGGAGAGUGUGCGUGUGUGAGUGUGAAUGCGAACACGCGCGCGCCGUGCGGAGGGGCGCUCAGCAAGAGGGUAGGCGCGGUGACAGGGGUACCCGAGCAUCCGAGGAGAGACAGCACACCCCACCCUUUAAGCUAAAGAGCUAGAGGGGUGAUGGAGGUUGCAAGACUGAGAAACUUGAUGCAAAACAGACAGGCUCCCCUUUCCAAGACGUGCCGCCACGCUCUCAAACACGAUCCCUUGCCUCCCGGAUCACCCACCAUCACCCACCCCACCCUGCAAAAUUCCCCACCGAGCCCUAGGAUCCCAGGCGGGUAAUUACCUCUCC